GCGAGGCGGCCCGGGUUGUGUGCACUGGCGGAGACAAAGCGGUGGCUGAGGUGGCAGAGGCGGCAGCGGCAGCGGCGGCGGAGCAGCCCUAAACGCCGAAGUUUGUGGUGCUGAGUCCAAUCACCAUCUCAUCCAAAGCGGCGCGCGGGCGGCUGGUUUCGCGGCGGCGGCGGCAGCGGCGGAGGCGGAGGCGGCGGCAGCACAUGGUUCCAAGAGCGCGCUGCGGUUGUUGGGUUCCAAUUCCGUGGGGAGGGACAAAGGCAGCUGUGAGCGCCGGGCAACGCCCGGUCGGGUGGUGCGCUCGCCACUGUCCUCGAUCCGGGCCUUGAAAGCUGGGACUAACUCCUCCGUGAGGAGGAGACCACGGGACCGAGGCCCAGUCAGGGCCUUAGAGGCUGAGGCCGGUGUCUGAGGGAAGUGGGGGAGGGGCGCGGCCCGCCUGAGUUAAUUUGGGCGGGUCAAUUCUGUGGCUACUUAGAGGGUCAUUGUGAGGUAAUUUGACCCACUACCCUGACGAAAUUGGGGCACACAGCAAGCUAGGUUUGGUCCGGGCUUUGAAAACAGAAAUCGGUCUUCAGCGCUUAGGAGAUCUUUCAGUUAGGAGGUGGUGAAGCCGGAACUAACGCCAUAUGCACUUCAUCAACAUCGUGGUCACCAGUCUGGGGCUAAUUUAAGGAUCCUGGGAUCAUUGAUGGCGAAGACAUGGGUGGUUGUCCAGUUUUAUGACUGAAGUUGCUAAAUUUCCAGAUUGGUAAAUUUCCUCACAGGAAAUUUAGAGGAACAACAACAAAAAAGGCUCGAAGAACAUGAAGAUGGAGCAGUAAUUGAAACACCAACUCCAGUAUCAUCUACUCAAGGACCAACCACAUUCCACUCCGUGAACUGUCGCAAAUUAACGCUGAAGCUCCUUAAGACUACACGUUUAUGACGUAGUUCCAAGAUAUUACAUCAUAGUCAUUGAGAAGAUUAAAAAAAAUGUAAAGGAGAAAUCGAUUUUUGUUUUAGACAUCUUUUUGAAUAUAUCUCGGUUAAAUACUAGGUAACCUUGUUUAACUAAGGAGCACAGAUUUACCAAACCUUUAUUGGAAGGAAUCCUGAAAAAUCUGUUCCAUUGUAAGCUUAUAGUUCCCAGUUAGUGGGUAAAGAACUGGAGACCUCAUUGCACUCAUGGCUUUCACAAAUUACAGCAGUCUGAAUCGAGCUCAGCUAACGUUUGACUAUCUACACACAAAUUCAACCACUCAUGAAUUCUUGUUUGGUGCUCUUGCUGAACUAGUUGAUAAUGCAAGAGAUGCUGAUGCCACCAGAAUCGAUAUUUAUGCAGAAAGGCGAGAGGACCUUCGCGGAGGAUUUAUGCUUUGUUUUUUGGAUGAUGGAGCAGGAAUGGAUCCAAGUGAUGCUGCUAGCGUGAUCCAGUUUGGGAAGUCAGCCAAGCGAACACCUGAGUCCACCCAGAUUGGGCAGUACGGGAAUGGGUUAAAAUCGGGCUCAAUGCGCAUUGGGAAGGAUUUUAUCCUCUUCACCAAGAAGGAAGAGACCAUGACCUGUCUCUUCCUGUCGCGUACCUUUCACGAGGAGGAAGGCAUUGAUGAAGUGAUAGUCCCAUUGCCCACCUGGAAUGCUCGGACCCGGGAACCUGUUACAGACAACGUGGAGAAGUUUGCCAUCGAGACGGAACUCAUCUAUAAGUAUUCUCCCUUCCGCAAUGAAGAGGAAGUGAUGACUCAGUUCAUGAAGAUUCCUGGGGACAGUGGAACGCUGGUGAUCAUCUUCAAUCUCAAACUCAUGGAUAACGGAGAGCCAGAGCUGGACAUAAUCUCAAAUCCAAGAGAUAUCCAGAUGGCAGAGACUUCUCCGGAGGGCACGAAGCCAGAGCGCCGCUCCUUCCGCGCCUAUGCUGCUGUGCUCUACAUUGAUCCCCGGAUGCGGAUCUUCAUCCACGGGCACAAGGUGCAGACCAAGAGGCUCUCCUGCUGCCUCUACAAGCCCAGGAUGUACAAGUACACGUCAAGCCGGUUCAAGACCCGCGCGGAGCAGGAGGUGAAGAAAGCUGAGCACGUGGCACGGAUUGCUGAAGAGAAGGCAAGGGAGGCGGAGAGCAAAGCUCGGACAUUAGAAGUGCGCCUGGGCGGAGACCUGACACGGGACUCCAGGGUGAUGUUGCGACAGGUCCAGAACACGGCCAUUACCCUUCGCAGAGAAGCUGAUGUCAAGAAGCGGAUCAAGGAGGCCAAGCAGCGAGCGCUUAAAGAACCCAAGGAACUGAACUUUGUUUUUGGGGUCAACAUCGAACACCGGGACCUGGACGGCAUGUUCAUCUACAACUGUAGCCGCCUGAUCAAGAUGUAUGAGAAAGUGGGCCCACAGCUGGAAGGGGGCAUGGCAUGUGGCGGGGUCGUUGGGGUUGUAGAUGUGCCCUACCUGGUCCUGGAGCCUACACACAACAAGCAGGACUUUGCUGAUGCCAAGGAGUACCGGCACCUGCUGCGGGCGAUGGGGGAGCACCUGGCGCAGUACUGGAAGGACAUCGCCAUUGCCCAGCGGGGAAUCAUCAAGUUCUGGGAUGAGUUCGGCUACCUCUCUGCCAACUGGAACCAGCCUCCAUCCAGUGAGCUGCGUUACAAACGGCGGAGAGCUAUGGAAAUCCCAACCACCAUCCAGUGUGAUUUGUGUCUGAAGUGGCGGACCCUCCCCUUCCAGCUGAGUUCUGUGGAAAAAGAUUACCCUGACACUUGGGUUUGCUCCAUGAACCCUGAUCCUGAGCAGGACCGGUGUGAGGCUUCUGAACAGAAGCAGAAGGUUCCCCUGGGGACAUUCAGAAAGGAUCUGAAGACACAGGAAGAGAAGCAGAAGCAACUGACAGAGAAAAUUCGCCAGCAGCAAGAGAAGCUGGAGGCCCUGCAGAAAACCACACCCAUCCGCUCCCAAGCUGACCUGAAGAAAUUGCCCUUGGAAGUGACCACCAGACCUUCCACUGAGGAACCUGCACGUAGACCUCAGCGUCCUCGGUCACCUCCUUUACCUGCUGUGAUCAGGAAUGCCCCGAGCAGACCCCCUUCCCUGCAGGCUCCCAGACCAGCCAGCCAGCCCCGAAAGGCUCCUAUUAUUAGCAGUGUCCCAAAGCCUCCUGCCUCGACAGCACGGGAGGAGGCCAGUACUUCCAGGCUGCUCCAGCCUCCUGAGGUGCCCCGAAAGCCUGCCAACACUCCAGUCAAGACUGCAUCCCGGCCCGCCCCUCCCGUGCAGCCACCAUCACCAUCUCUGCUGCCCAACUCCAAGAGCCCUCGGGAGGUCCCUGCCCCCCGAGCCAUCAAGACUCCAGUGGUCAAGAAGCCGGAGCCGCCCAGUAAACUCUCCCUGGCCACUCCUGGUCGGAAGCGGAGUCUUGGGGUCUCUGAUGAGGAAGAAGCCGAGGAAGAGGCUGAGAGGAGGAAAGAGAGGUCCAAGCGGGGCAAGUUUGCCGUGAAGGAGGAAAAAAAGGACUUGAAUGAGCUCUCAGACAGUGCUGGGGAAGAGGACCCAGCUGACCUCAAGAGCGCUCAGAAAGAUAAAGGGCUGCACGUGGAGGUGCGUGUGAACAGGGAGUGGUACACAGGCCGUGUCACAGCCGUGGAGUUGGGCAAGAACGUGGUGCGGUGGAAGGUGAAGUUUGACUAUGUGCCCACGGACACGACACCAAGAGACCGCUGGGUGGAGAAAGGCAGUGAGGAUGUGCGGUUGAUGAAGCCCCCUUCCCCGGAGUAUCAGAGCCCGGACACGCAGCAGGAGGGCGGGGAGGAGGAGGAGGAGGCGGCAGUGGCUCAGCAGGCUGUAGCCAUGGCAGAACCCUCCACCUCAGACUGCAUUCGCAUUGAGCCCGACACCACCGCCCCGAGCACCAACCACGAGACCAUUGACCUCCUCGUCCAGAUCCUUCGGAAUUGUUUACGGUACUUCCUGCCUCCGAGUUUCCCCAUCUCUAAGAAGGAGCUGAGUGCUAUGAAUUCAGAUGAGCUAAUAUCGUUUCCUCUGAAAGAGUACUUCAAGCAAUAUGAAGUGGGGCUCCAGAACCUGUGCCAUUCCUACCAGAGCCGCGCCGACUCGCGGGCCAAGGCCUCCGAGGAGAGCCUGCGUACCUCCGAGAGAAAGCUCCGCGAGACAGAGGAGAAGCUGCAGAAGCUGAGGACCAACAUCGUGGCGCUCCUGCAAAAGGUGCAGGAGGAAUCUGUGGUUCCAACCCUGGCUGCACAGCAUCCUGACCAGGAGGGCUGGAGGUGGUGCGGCUGCCUGGGCCUCAUCCCAGCCAGACCCACGGAUAUAGACAUUAACACAGAUGACGAGCUGGAUGCCUACAUCGAGGACCUGAUCACCAAGGGGGACUAAGAGGCCUGGAGCCAGAGAUCAGCUCCCCUGCCCCUCAAGGCAGAGCUCCUGGGGGUGGAGUUUCAUUUAUGGGUUGAUGGACUUACCUUGGUUUGACUCACAUGGGAUAUUUGUGCUUUUGGAGGGAAAGAGACUCUGAUUCUUUGAAUCUUCCUCCCUACGUUUAUAAAUAUUUAUUUUUUAAAAGAAACAA